AUGCCUCACAGGAAGAAGAAGCCCUUCAUAGAAAAGAAGAAAGCUGUGUCUUUCCACCUGGUCCAUCGGAGCCAACGAGAUCCUUUAGCAGCGGACGAGACCGCACCCCAGAGGGUCUUGCUGCCUGCACAGAAAAAAAAUGAUGAAGAGAGACGAGCAGAACAGAGGAAGUAUGGAGUGUUCUUCGAUGACGACUAUGACUACCUGCAGCAUCUGAAGGAACCGUCUGGGCCCUCAGAGUUGAUUCCCACGACUACAGUCAGUGUACCCAAUAGGAGAAAUGAAAACGAAGAAAAUUCAAUAAUUUCAACCACUGGAAUUAAGUUGCCUUCAUCAGUGUUUGCAUCAGAGUUUGAGGAAGAUGUUGGAUUGUUAAAUAAAGCAGCGCCUGUUUCAGGGCCUCGGCUGGAUUUUGAUCCUGACAUUGUCGCAGCCCUUGACGAUGAUUUUGACUUCGAUGAUCCAGAUAAUCUGCUUGAAGAUGAUUUUAUUCUUCAGGCCAAUAAGCCAACAGAAGAGGAAGAGGGAAUGGAUGUUCGGAAAUCAGAGGCAGAAGAUGACAAUGAGUGGGCAGAUGUGGACAAUGAGAAGGAAGAAGGCAGUGAUGACAAUGACUAUGACUCUGCAGGCUCAUUCUCAGAUGAGGAAGUGUCUACCCUUGGGAAAACUCCGGGGGCUCUAGAAAAUCACUUGUUCUGGGAAGAGGAAACGAAAAGUCGCUUUACUGAGUAUUCUAUGACAUCCUCAGUUAUGAGGAGAAAUGAACAGCUGACCCUACAUGAUGAAAGGUUUGAGAAGUUUUAUGAGCAAUAUGAUGAUGAUGAAAUUGGAGCUCUGGAUAACGCUGAAUUGGAAGGUUCCAUUCAAGUAGACAGCAGUCGCUUAGAGGAAGUUUUGAAUGAUUUUUAUAAAGAGAAGGCUGAGAAUUGUGUGAAAUUGAGUACUCUCGAACCCUUCGAGGAUCAAGACUUGCCCAUGAAUGAACCUGAUGGGUCUGAAGAGGAGGAAGUUGUCACUGUUGUUCUUGAAGAAGUCAAGGAGAAAUGGGAUUGUGAAUCCAUUUGUAGUACAUACUCAAAUUUAUACAACCAUCCACAGCUUAUUAAGUAUGAACCAAAACCCAAACAAAUCCGAAUAUCUUCUAAGACAGGAAUACCUCUCAAUGUCUUACCUCAGAAAGGGUUCACAGCAAAGCAAAUUGAAAGAAUGCAAAUGAUUAAUGACAGUGAUCUGCCCAAGGUGUCAACCCAGCCACGCUCUAAAAAUGAAAGCAAAGAAGAUAAAAGAGCCAGAAAGCAAGCUGUAAAGGAAGAGCGGAAGGAACGGAGAGUAGAGAAGAAAGCUAACAAAUUAGCCUUCAAACUGGAGAAAAGAAGGCAGGAAAAGGAGCUGCUGAACCUGAAGAAGAAUGUUGAGGGUCUAAAGCUGUGA